CUCAGCUAGAUCACAUGUCACACUUAGGGAUUUAAACUAGAGGAAAACACACGCUCGCGCAAUUUCUCUCUCUCCUUGUCCCUUUUCCGCAAAUUAUAUAUCCGGUUUUUGUGUGCCUUGUGCUGCCUUUGUUGGGUGAUUUUUGCAUAAACUGACUUCCAAGAUGCUGUGGCAGCCAAAGGGAUGUUGUUGCUUCACACGAAGAACCGGGAGUCUUAUUCUGGCUUCGCUCUCAGUCAUUAGCGGCAUUUUUGGCAUUCUGAACCUCGUCAACAUCUACGCGAAUCAUGACCAGAAUGUGGACCUCGAAGUAGUGAAGUUCUGCCGCAUGAAUUUGGAAGCCGAGGACAUGGGCGCCUGCAGGGACAGUGUGAAACAUAUUGUUAUGCUGGGCGGGGCAACGCUGAUGCUGCUCUACGUCAUCCAGGUGAUCAUUAGCUCGCUCCUCAUCCACGGCGUCUCCAAGAAUGACCCCUGCCUCAUGGUGCCCUACAUGAUUCUCCGUCUGAUCUACAUCAUCCUGACCAUCACGGGCGGCGCCGCUCUCUGCAUCGCCCUCAUCGUCGUUGGCGACUUAACCUCCAUGUCCAUCGUGGCUGCUGUAGCCUUUGGGUACAUUUUCCUGGAGACCUAUUUCCUCCUGGUGAUUCGUGCGCACUACCUGCAGAUGAGAAAAGAGAGCGGAUACGACCACGUGGAGCUGGAGGAGGAGUGUCCCACAACUCCAAAGACCAUCGGCAAAAAUGCGGACUAAAGUUCUCUUAGACAUGUGUUUUCUUUUUUAAGCUACUGAAGCAUAAGCUUAUCAUUGCGCUAUUGUUGCAUUCCUGCUCUGCAUUGCCGUGUCAUAUGUUACAUCAGCGUCUUUUAGGUAUGAUUGUUAUAUUUAAUUAAAAUAUAAGCCAUGUAGUUUGUACGCGUUGCAGAAGCUACGCCCAUAAUCUUUUGCAAAUAAAUAAAACAUCUAAUUUCUCUUUU